AUGGCUGACUUCGAGCUCGAUGGCAAUGCGAACCUCGUCGACCGAGAGCGAAACAGGAUCCCGGAGCCCCGCAAAGUCUCGCAUAGCGCGGCACUUAUUUCUAUGCCUGGAAACCUCGCGGACCAGAUGAGACUCGGGGGGACUGAUGACGGCCUGAGACUCUUCGCUAAACUGGUGGAGAAGAUCGCGAAUCUGAGUGAGGACCAUAAGGACACCUUGCACCUUCACCGCGUCACGGUGAAGUCGCAGGAGUGGCAGGCGUUUGUCGAUCUCGUCAAGCGCGAGCUUCCGGUCCUGGACGCUUACGAAAACUGCUGGCCCGUCGCGGCCAUCGUGCGCGAACAUCGCCGCCGCAGCUUCAAUGGUAGGAAGGAAGGCCUGUUGCGCUGGCAGUCCAAGGCUCCUGCAGAACUAGCGGACGACCUCCGCAGAGCGCCAUCUCCGCUGCCGCGCGACGACUCGGAGCAGGCGCCGGUCGCCGGUCCAUCUGGUAUGGCACACGAUGACGGAGAGUCAGAAGAUUACCAGGCCAGCGCCCAGGAUGCGGAUGCGCCGAAUCUGCUGCCUAUGCUUCGGUCUCGGGCCUCUCGCGAGCCAAGCGUGGAGCUUAAAAUGCAGGCGAGCUCGUCGUGCCCAGGCUCAGGCAAUCGCGCUCCAGCGACUCGUGGCGCUCGGCGCACCGGUGCGAGGGCGGAUCGCCGCAUCUCGAAGGUUUCAGUCCGGGCUGGACAUGGCGCCGAUGCGCACCAUGACGCCGGGGUGGUCAACAUGAGCCCCGUGCUCGACUUUCUCAGCAAACUACGCCCGGAGCAGACACGCCUGCUGCCGGUACUCGCCGCGAAGGGCAUCGUCGACGGCGCCGCACUCGACGGCUUUGCGCACUUCCCGGCGAAGCAGCGCAAGUCGAUGCUGAACUCGUGGCUCAGGGAGGAGGCUAUCACCGAGCUGCAGUUCGAGGUUCUCAAUGGAGGCUUCGAAAGAAUGGGUGCUGGGGCGGCGAUGGAAUGA